AUGGACACCAGCACCUCUCUGGCCAUCCAGAGCCUGUUCAGCUACGUGGAGGAGGACAACGUGCCGGCCAUCAAAGCCUACCUGGACAAGUUCAAGGAGGUGGACAGCAGGAGCGAAGUGAGUGAUCAAAACAAAUUGUAUUUGUCACAUGUGCCGAAUACAACAGGUGUUGACCUUACAGUGAAAUGCUUACUUACAAGCCCUUAACCAACAAUGCAGUUUUAAGAAAAAUAAGUUAAGUACAAAAUAAAAACUAAGUAAAGAGCAGCAGUAAAAUAAAAUAACAGUAGGGAGGCUAUAUACAGGGAGUACCGGUACAGAGUCAAUGUGGGGGGUUACAGGUUAGUCGAGGUAAUUGAGGUAAUAUGUACAUGUACGUAGAGUUAAAGUGACUAUGCGUAGAUAAGAAACAGAGUGUAGCAGCAGUGUAAAAGAGGGGGUGGGGGGGGAGGGGGAACAAUGCAAAUAGUCCGGGUAGCCAUUUGAGUAGCUGUUCAGGAGUCUUAUGGCUUGGGGGUAGAAGCUGUUAAGAAGCCUUUUGGACCUAGACUUGGCGCUCCGGUACCACUUGCCGUGCGGUAGCAGAGAGAACAGUCUAUGACUAGGGUGGCUGGAGUCUUUGACAAUUUUUAGGGCCUUCCUCUGAAACCGCCUGGUAUAGAGGUCCUGGAUGGCAGGAAACUUGGCCCCAGUGAUGUACUGGGCCGUACGCUCUACCCUCUGUAGUGCCUUGCCGUCAGAGGCCGAGCAGUUGCCAUACCAGGCAGUGAUGCAACUAGUCAGGAUGCUCUCGAUGGUGCAGCUGGAUAACCUUUUGAGGAUCUGAGGACCCAUGCCAAAUAUUUUCAGUCUCCUGAGGGGGAAUAGGCUUUGUCGUGCCCUCUUCACGACUGCCUUGGUGUGUUUGGACCAUGAUAGUUUGUUGGUGAUGUGGACACCAAGGAACUUGAAUCUCUCAACCUGCUCCACUACAGCCCCGUUGAUGAGAAUGGGGGCGUGCUCGGUCCUCUUUUUCUUGUAGUCCACAAUCAUCUCCUUUGUCUUGAUCACGUUGAGGGAGAGAUUGUUAUCCUGGCACCACACGGCCAGGUCUCUGACCUCCCUACAGGCUGUCUCAUCGUUGUCGGUGAUCAGGCCUACCACUGUUGUGUCGUUGGAAAACUUAAUGAUGGUGUUGGAGUCGUGCCUGGCCAUGCAGUCAUGGGUGAACAGGGAGUACAGGAGGGGACUGAGCACGCACCCUUGAGGGGCCCCCGUGUUGAGGAUCAGCGUGACAGAUGUGUUGUUACCUACCCUUACCACCUGGGGGCAGCCCGUAAGGAAGUCCAGGAUCCAGUUGCAGAGGGAGGUGUUUAGUCCCAGGGUCCUUAGCUUAGUGAUGAGCUUUGAGGGCACUAUGGUGUUGAAUGCUGAGCUGUAGUCAAUGAAUAGCAUUCCCACGUAGGUGUUCCUUUUGUCCAGUUGGGAAAGGGCAGUGUGGAGUGCAAUAGAGAUUGCAUCAUCUGCAGAUCUGUAGGGGCGGUAUGGAAAUUGAAGUGGGUAUAGGGUUUCUGGGAUAAUGGUGUUGAUGUGAGCCAUGACCAGCCUUUCAAAGCACUUCAUGGCUACAGACGUGAGUGCUAUGGGUCGGUAGUGGUACCUUAGUCUCUGUGCCCAAGAACACUAUGUUGGUCUGCUUGAAACAUGUUGGUAUUACAGACUUAGUCAUGGACAGGUUGAAAAUGUCAGUGAAAACAUUUGCCAGUUGGUCAGCACAUGCUCGGAGGACACGUCCUGGGAAUCCGUCUGGCCCUGCAGCCUUGUGAAUGUUGACCUGUUUAAAGGUCCUACUCACAUCGGCUAUGGAGAGCGUGAUCACACAGUCGUCCGGAACAGCUGAUGCUCUCAUGCAUGCUUCAGUGUUGCUUGCAUAGCAGUAAUUUAGCUUGUCUGGUAGGCUCGUGUCACUGGGCAGCUCGCGACUGUGCUUCCCUUUGUAGUCUGUAAUAGUUUGCAAGCCCUGCCACAUCCGACGAGCGUCGGAGCUGGUGUAGUGCGAUUCAAUCUUAGUCCUGUAUUGACGCUUUGCUUGUUUGAUGGUUCGUCCGAGGGCAUAGCAGGAUUUCUUAUAAGCGUCCGGGUUAGAGUCCCGCUUCUUGAAAGCAGCAGCUCUACCCUUUAGCUCAGUGCGGAUGUUGCCUGUAACCCAUGGCUUCUGGUUGGGGUAUGUACUUACGUUCACUGUGGGGACGACGUCAUCAAUGCACUUAUUGAUGAAGCCAGUGACUGAUGCCAUCGGAAGAAUCCCGGAACAUAUUCCAGUCUGUUCUAGCAAAACAGUCCUGUAGCUUAGCAUCUGCGUCAUCUGACAACUUCUUUAUUGACCGAGUCACUGGUGCUUCCUGCUUUAGUUUUUGCUUGUAAGCAGGAAUCAGGAGGAUAUAAUUAUGGUCAGAUUUGCCAAAUGGAGGGCGAGGAAGAACUUUGUAAGCGUCUCUGUGUGUGGAGUAAAGGUGGUCUAGAGUUUUUUUCCCCUCUGGUUGCACAUUUAACAUGCUGGUAGAAACGAGGUAAAACGGAUUUAAGUACAUUAAAGUCCCCGGCCACUAGGAGCGCCGCCUCUGGAUGAGCGUUUUCCUGUUUGCUUAUGGCCUUACAGCUCAUUGAGUGCGGUCUUAGUGCCAGCAUCGGUUUGUGGUGGUAAAUAGACAGUUACGAAAAAUAUAGUUGAAAACUCUCUUGGUAAAUAGUGUGAUCUACAGCUUAUCAUGAGAUACUCUACCUCAGGCAGGCAAAACCUUGAGACUUCCUUAAUAUUAGAUUUCGUGCACCAGUUACAGUGGGGAAAAAAAGUAUUUAGUCAGCCACCAAUUGUGCAAGUUCUCCCACUUAAAAAGAUGAGGCCUGUAAUUUUCAUCAUAGGUACACGUCAACUAUGACAGACAAAAUGAGAAAAAAAAAUCCUGAAAAUCACGUUGUAGGAUUUUUAAUGAAUUUAUUUGCAAAUUAUGGUGGAAAAUAAGUAUUUGGUCAAUAACAAAAGUUUCUCAAUACUUUGUUAUAUACCCUUUGUUGGCAAUGACACAGGUCAAACGUUUUCUGUAAGUCUUCACAAGGUUUUCACACACUGUUGCUGGUAUUUUGGCCCAUUCCUCCAUGCAGAUCUCCUCUAGAGCAGUGAUGUUUUGGGGCUGUCGCUGGGCAACACGGACUUUCAACUCCCUCCAAAGAUUUUCUAUGGGGUUGAGAUCUGGAGACUGGCUAGGCCACUUCCAGGACCUUGAAAUGCUUCUUACGAAGCCACUCCUUCGUUGCCCGGGCGGUGUGUUUGGGAUCAUUGUCAUGCUGAAAGACCCAGCCACGUUUCAUCUUCAAUGCCCUUGCUGAUGGAAGGAGGUUUUCACUCAAAAUCUCACGAUACAUGGCCCCAUUCAUUCUUUCCUUUACACGGAUCAGUCGUCCUGGUCCCUUUGCAGAAAAACAGCCCCAAAGCAUGAUGUUUCCACCCCCAUGCUUCACAGUAGGUAUGGUGUUCUUUGGAUGCAACUCAGCAUUCUUUGUCCUCCAAACACGACGAGUUGAGUUUUUACCAAAAAGUUCUAUUUUGGUUUCAUCUGACCAUAUGACAUUCUCCCAAUCCUCUUCUGGAUCAUCCAAAUGCACUCUAGCAAACUUCAGACGGGCCUGGACAUGUACUGGCUUAAGCAGGGGGACACGUCUGGCACUGCAGGAUUUGAGUCCCUGGCGGCGUAGUGUGUUACUGAUGGUAGGCUUUGUUACUUUGGUCCCAGCUCUCUGCAGGUCAUUCACUAGGUCCCCCCGUGUGGUUCUGGGAUUUUUGCUCACCGUUCUUGUGAUCAUUUUGACCCCACGGGGUGAGAUCUUGCGUGGAGCCCCAGAUCGAGGGAGAAUAUCAGUGGUCUUGUAUGUCUUCCAUUUCCUAAUAAUUGCUCCCACAGUUGAUUUCUUCAAACCAAGCUGCUUACCUAUUGCAGAUUCAGUCUUCCCAGCCUGGUGCAGGUCUACAAUUUUGUUUCUGGUGUCCUUUGACAGCUCUUUGGUCUUGGCCAUAGUGGAGUUUGGAGUGUGACUGUUUGAGGUUGUGGACAGGUGUCUUUUAUACUGAUAACAAGUUCAAACAGGUGCCAUUAAUACAGGUAACGAGUGGAGGACAGAGGAGCCUCUUAAAGAAGAAGUUACAGGUCUGUGAGAGCCAGAAAUCUUGCUUGUUUGUAGGUGACCAAAUACUUAUUUUCCACCAUAAUUUGCAAAUAAAUUCAUUACAAAUCCUCCAAUGUGAUUUUCUGGAUUUUUUUCCCUCAAUUUGUCUGUCAUAGUUGACGUGUACCUAUGAUGACAAUUACAGGCCUCUCUCAUCUUUUUAAGUGGGAGAACUUGCACAAUUGGUGGCUGACUAAAUACUUUUUUUCCCCACUGUAUACACAGACCGCCUCCCCUUGUCUUACCGGAGGCAGCGUUUCUAUCUUGCCGAUGCAGCGUAUAUCCCGCCAGCUAUAUGUUAUCCAUGUUGUUGUUCAGCCACGACUUGGUGAAACAUAAGAUAUUACCGUUUUUAAUGUCCCGUUGGAAGGAUAUUCGUGAUCGUAUUUCGUCUACUUUAUUAUCCUAUAAUUGUACGUUGGCUAAUAGGACUGAUGGUAGAGGCAGAUUACCCACUCGCCAUCGGAUCCUUACAAGGCACCCAUACCUACGUCCCUGAUAUCUGUCUCUUUCUCAUGCGAAUGAUGGGGAUUUGGGCCUUGUCGGGUGUCUGAAGAAAAUCCUUUGCGUCUGACUUGUUAAAGAAAAAAUAUUUGUCCAGUACGAGGUGAGUAGUCGCUGUCCUGAUAUCAAGAAGCUCUUUUCGGUCAUAAGAGAUAGUGGCAGAAACAUUAUGUACAAAAUAAGUUACAAAUAACGUGAAAAAACACACACAAUAGCACAACUGUUUGGGAGCCCGUAAAACGGCAGCCAUCUCCUCCAGCGCCAUUCUUCAUAGGCACUGAUUAAGUAAACAUUAAAGGGGAAGUUCACCCAUUUUUACAUGUGGCCUUAUUUUCAUUCUUUCUGUGCUUGUAGUUGAUCACUCAAACCAUAAAAUAAAAUAAAACAUUUGUUAGAGUCAUCACUUGCCACUGACUACAAUGCGUUAUGAAAAUGUUUCUAAGCAUGUUAUAAAAUGCUCCAAAAUACUCCAAACCAACUCAUAUUACAUCAGAAUCUCAUUCUGGAUAAUGUCUCUGCACUCAAUUUAGAUUUUUUCCCCCCAUUGUCCAAUAAAUCCAUAUUUGCAUAUUUUUUGUUGUUGUUGUAAACAGCAUCAUUCAAACAUGGAUUUAUGGCACAGUGGGAAAAAAAUUAAACAUUUAGCGCAGAGACAUUAUCCAGAAUGAGAUUAUGAUGUAAAAUGUUGUUGUAAACAGCAUCAUUCAAACAUGGAUUUAUGGCACAGUGGGAAAAAAAUUAAACAUUUAGCGCAGAGACAUUAUCCAGAAUGAGAUUAUGAUGUAAAAUGAGUUGGUUUGGAGGGUUUUGGAGCAUUUUAUAACAUGCUUUAGACACAUUUACAUAAUGCAUUGCAAUCAAUGGCAAGUAUUGACUCAGCAAAAUGUGACAACCAAUUUUCUCUGAAAUGAAACCAAAUAUAAAAAAACAGUUUUUGGGAUCAACUACAAGCACAGAAAGAGACAAUAUAAGGCCACAUGUAAAAAUGGGUGAACUUCCCCUUUAACAUUGUCACAAUGAAGAGUUCAGCCACUAGCAUGUGUGACAUGCACGCCCAGUUACAAGCAUGCUAGUAGAGUUUGCUGCAGGUGGACCAGCAAUAAUACACCGUUGUAGUAUGGAUGAAGCCUGAGCUGGAAUGUGAAGCUAACUGAAGCUGGUUAGCUUUAGAAAACCCAGAGUAGAUCUAGCUUGCUUCGUAGGAUACCCUAUCCAUUAUUAGGAACACAUGUUAUUUAAGAUUUUCAAACAGGUAUUUUAAAUCCUGGGUGCUGAUUUUGUUUUUUAGACAGGCAGCCCAAUUCUGAUAUUUAUUUCUGAAAAUGAGCUGAUGUGUGAAGAUCUGAUGUGAUGUCUCCUCAGAAUGGUCAGACUCCCCUGAUGGUGGCAUCGGAGCAGGGCAGCCUAGAGAUGGUCCAGGAGCUCCUCAGGAGGGGAGCCAACGUCAACCUGGACGACGUGGUAAACAGACAUGCAUACACACACACAGACGCGCAUACACACACGCACACACACAACAAAUGGUAGUUAGACCAUGGCUUUGAGGUUUGGUGUCGUGUGAGUUUUAGACCCAAAACUUUUCCAACCACACACCUACACUCAGGAAAGGGAGGGUAAGUCUCCUCGGAACACGUCAGAUUUAGGUUGCUAAAGGUACAUAGUCAAAACCAUUGUUCAACCCUGAUAUGCACCACAAUUCCAACAGAAUACAAUACCACAUGAGGUUAACAUUUGGUCAUUUUAGCCACAUUAUUCAGACAUGGCAUAGAGGUCUUCACUGCCCAAUAAUCCCUUAGUAUCCAGCCUGCUGAACUCACCACACUGUGGGUGGGUUAAUACAGAGCCCCAUAAUGAACACCUGUAGAUGGCCUCAGGCCUCAGUUAGAAUAAAGUACAGGGUGUAGAGCUGCUGUCUCCAUCAACACACCCACCCUCAACCUCUUACUAAACCUCGCGCACACGCACACACACACACACACUCACCCACCCUCAACCUCUUACUAAACCUCACGCACACACACACACACACACACACUCACCCACCCUCAACCUCUUACUAAACCUCAAACACACACACACACACACACACUCAGACUCUCACUACACACGACUGAGUGAGACUGACCAGACCUGGGCACUGUCUCUCUCUCUCUCUUUUACUCUCUCUCUUUCUUUUCUCUGUCUGACACUAACUUUCACCACCCUGCAUCCAUGAGCACCUGGUACGACCAGCUGGUAGGUACAAUACUGUGGAGCGGAUUAAUACAGACCGGACCCACAACCCUCUGAUUGGUGGUGGUCCACGGCGACGACGACGUGAUUGGAGUUUCCGUGGUGACCCAGUGUAACCCCUGUGUGUUCUGCCCGUCAACAGGACUGCUGGACGGCGCUGAUCUCGGCGGCUAAAGAGGGCCAUGUGGAGGUGGUGAAAGAGCUGCUGGCCAACAAUGCCAGCCUGGAGCACCGGGACAUGGUGAGAGAGGGGAGGGGAGGGUGGGUACUGGGUGUUGGGCAGAGACAUUGGAAACAGUAAAGCUUUUGAACCUGUGUGUAACAUUUCUGUUGAAAGACUAGUUUGAUUGAAAAAGCUAGGAAAAACAUCUUUAGAUAGAGAUGAAAGGAUGAUUAUGCUUGAUUUGGCCUUCUUUUUCUGGAUACUAAUGUAUUUUGAGAAGCUUUCAUGUCUAAAACAUUCUGGGGUGAAGAAGGUAGCUUACGUGUCCGGCACAGCAGUGUAUCUGUCAUGAAUAGUAUCCAUAGGAUAUUCCGUAUGAGACCUAGAAUACCUGAAUGCUGAUUGGUUAAAACCGCAGACUACAACACAAUACAAUACUUGCAUUAUUGGUCCAUUUGCACGGAUAUUCUUUAUUUUUUGCUGUCACACUACCAGACCUGACACACAACAGUAGAACUAGUUUCUUCACAUUCUUCUUUUGUAUGUGUCACUGCAAUCCAUUCCAGGCUGCUUUGAAGUGAUUCAUCCGUUAGCUUCGGACACGAUUCCAUUAGCUUCAAUAUGAUCUCCUCCAUUUUGUAAUAAUUGCAUUUUGUGAGCGCUGGAUGUCUGGAGUACAUUAACCUGGUUAAUAACUGUAAUCCAAACCUCUCAGUGCAGGAAAGCCCACUUCAUGUCCUGCAGUAUCUAUCCACAGUUCUGUGUUCAUUCACAAUUCACAGUAGAGUUCCUAGUCAAGGCUAUUCUAAAUGCCUUGUUUUUACAAUAUGCCAAUGAGAGAGAUUAGCAUUUUUGUACACCUCCGCAAAUGAAAGCAUUCCGAGAGUGAUAUUUAAGCAGCAUUGGGGGGUGGGGGUAAUGGAGAAAAGACUAAUGACUGUUUGUUCAUUAUGAGUGUCGUCAUGACCAAAGCUUUCUCACUUAAGCUACAUUUUACCUUCUGAAAUGUGCUAUUUUCAUUUCAUAUUUUUUAUUUAGUGGACUUGUUCUAGUGUAAGGUGACAGAGGCCAUCAGUCAUGGUAGUGUUAGGUGCCAGCCUGUCUGGACUAAUAACAGUAUUAAACCCACUGUGUGGCUACGUACACGUCGUGCUAUAUGACCUCUCUCUCUCUCUCUCUCUCUCUCUCUCUCUCUCUCUCUCUGUCUCUGUCUCUGUCUCUGUCUCUGUCUCUGUCUCUGUCUCUGUCUCUGUCUCUCUCUCUCUGUGUUUUACUGUACAGGGGGGAUGGAGUGCCCUCAUGUGGGCUUCCUAUAAGGGUCGUGUGGAGGUGGCCCAGCUGCUGCUGGGUAAAGGAGCUAGCCCCAACAUCACUGGCCAGGUACUAUUCCUAUAUAAAGAGCUUUAGACCUUGUAUUCAUUCAUAAAUUAAAGAACAUACUGUAAUAAUUAGGUACUGUAUAUCAUUAGUGUAUUACAGUGUUAGUUAAAUAUGCUAAUGUCUGUCCUUCCAGUACAGCGUCUACCCUAUCAUCUGGGCAGCCGGACGAGGCCAUGCUGAGAUCGUCCAUCUCCUGAUUAAGCAUGGCGCUAAAGUCAACUGCUCUGACAAAGUACGCACACAGACACAUACUCACCACUGGUUCUGUCUAUACAAAAAUUACUUUUAAAAAGCAACCUAAAGUAAGUUAGGAUCUUAUUUAAACUAUGCCUACUAAAUGACCCUACUUAAGGUGUUUCAAUAAUCAUCAAUGCUUUCUCUUUUCUUUUCUUUUCUUUUCUUUCUUUCUCCCCUGUUCUCAGUAUGGCACUACCCCGUUGAUCUGGGCAGCCAGGAAGGGCCACUUUGAAAGUGUGAUGCACCUGCUGGUCAAUGGGGCUGAUGUGGACCAGGAGGGAGCGGUAAGUGGACCUCCCUACUCUCAUUAAAACUCCAGUAUAUCCCUAUACGGUCACAAACAAUAGUUUGGCCCUUCACAACGACUCACUAAAGGCUCACACAAGACAGGUGUUUAUUUGCUAUUGUCACCAAACAAGUUCAGUAUUGUUAGAGGUUCUGGUUGAUACGUCUGACUACACUCUCAGUUAAACGAGGCCUUGUCUAAUAAAGUCAGUGUUUCCAGAUGAUAUUCCCAGUCAUACCACUUGGAAGCAUUGUGCAAAUCAGACUGUUAUUCUCCCCCUAUCAGCAUUCUGCUAAAUCACUCAAAUCAGACUGUUAUUCUCCCCCUAUCAGAAUUCCAUGACAGCUCUGAUUGUGGCGGUGCGGGGUGGUUUCAAUGAGGUGGUGAAGGAGCUUCUGAAGAGGAACCCCAACGUCAACAUGACAGACAAGGACGGCAACACAGCCCUGAUGAUUGCUGCCAAGGAGGGCUACACUGAGAUAGUGCAGGACCUGCUGGACGCUGGCACCUACGUCAACAUACCAGACAGGGUAGGUGACAACAACACAGACUGUAUACUAUAGACUAUAGGUAGGUAGAGAUACAUACUGUAGGUAAAGAUGGGUAGUUUAAAGGAGGGCCAACAUACCAGACAGGGUAGUCAACCAUCACCACCCACUAAAGAUGAGCUAAAACGUUGUCCUGACAACCCUGACAACCCUGCCAAUACACAGAGUAGAGUCUAGACAGGAUUAUAUCAACCUGAAUGAUAAAGGUCAUGCUAUAUGGAUAAAUGUGCUGAUGUUAAUAGUAUCAUCAGCUGCUCUACAGUAUAGUCUAUUUUCUCUGUUGUGUGAUGAUUCAGUGUGUGUUCUCUGUAGUGAAAGCCUGUGAUGUUUCAUUUGUGUGUCACACAGAGUGGGGAGACAGUGCUGAUUGGAGCAGUGCGAGGAGGACAUGUGGAGAUCGUCAGAGCCCUUCUGAACAAAUACGCCGACAUUGACGUCAGGGGACAGGUAAGAGUCUCUCUAAUGUGACCCAUACGCAUUGUUAAAGGUCCAAUGCAGCCGUUUCUAUCUCAAUAUCAAACUAUUUCUGGGUAACAAUUAAGUACCUUACUGUGAUUGUUUUCAAUGAAAAUGGUUGAAAAGAAACAAAAACAGCUUCUUAGCAAAGAGCAAUUUCUCAAACAAUAAUUUAGCUAGGACUUUCUGGAAGUGGUCUGAGUGGGGAUGGGAAAACAGAAAACUAGCUGUUAUUGGCAGAGAGGUUUGGAACUCUCUUUCUUAUUGGUCUAUUAACUAAUUUACCGACUAGUGAUUUCACCAGGCAGGCCAAAACUCCAUCCCACCAAAACAGGCUAAAAGAUUUAGGCGUUCUUUUCAAACAGCUCUUACACUAAAAGGGCAUUAUCAUAAUUGUUAAAAUUUUACAGUAUUAUUUCAACCUCAUAUUGUGGAAAUAUAUAUAAAACACAGGAAAUUCUCAUUUUUGACUGCACUGGGCCUUUAACAUUUAUUUGAUCUAUCAUCAUGCUAAUACUGGUCCUAUUCAUUACGGCACACUGUAGCAAAAGUUUUACAAUGGAAAACAAAAACAAGCGUUUCUUAUUGGAUAUGUUCAGGUAAUCCCUCCCUGUUUCUGUCAGUUUUGUUCCGUUUGGUGCCUGUUAUUCGCUAUUCACUGUGUAUUUAUUCCACGUGUCACUAGUUCUAUUUUUUAUCUUUAACUCUGCAUUGUUGGAAAAGGACCUGUAAGUAGGCAUUUCACUGUUAAUCUACACCGGUUGUUUACCAAGCAAGUGACAAAUAACAUUUGAUUUGAUUUAAUGAAUAAGACCAUGUUCUCAAUUGUGUUAAACAGGACAGUAAGACUGCUCUCUACUGGGCGGUGGAGAAAGGGAAUGCCACCAUGGUGAGAGACAUCCUCCAGUGCAACCCGGACACUGAGAGUUGCACCAAGGUAAGGAACAGUCACAGCUGCUAUACAUUAAUUAACAGUCAUUUUAUAGCACAAUGACAAAUUCUUCACUUGAAAUUCUAUACAUUGUGAUAAAUGUAUCCUUGUUUCAAAAUGUUUUUUUCACAAGAGUCAUUACAGUUGCAAAUAAACCUUUGCUUGCUUAUAUUCUCACCAAUCACUGUUCUUGGUCUGAGAUGAUGAUGAUGAUGAUGAUGUGUGUUUCAGGAUUCAGAGACCCCUCUGAUCAAAGCCACCAAGAUGAGGAACAUUGAGAUAGUGGAGCUGCUCCUGCACAGAGGGGCCAAGGUGGCUGCUGUAGACAAGGUACUGGAGAAACACAACGUCUUUACAAUAUCAUCACAGGUUCUGGAGUCAAGCCAAAUCAUUUAAUUGUUGUCAGUUUGCUUUUCACAAGACUGUUUGAGAUGAAAAGUUAAAUGGAAGUUAAAUGUUCUUGACAUUUGAAUGAUCUUACUGUUUUAUGUCUGUCAAUGUCUGAUGUGUGACCGCCAAAUAUAUAUCCUCAUUGUGUGUGACUAUAAAGUUUCUCUACUCUACUGUACUCUAAUCAUCUCUCUCCUCUACUCUACUCUAAUCAUCUCUCUCCUCUACUCUACUGUAAUCACCUCUCUCCCCGACUCUACUGUAAUCAUCUCUCUCCCCGACUCUACUGUAAUCAUCUCUCUCCCCGACUCUACUGUAAUCAUCUCUCUCCCCUACUCUACUGUAAUCAUCUCUCUACUCUACUGUAAUCAUCUCUCUCCCCGACUCUACUGUAAUCACCUCUCUCCCCGACUCUACUGUAAUCAUCUCUCUCCCCGACUCUACUGUAAUCACCUCUCUCCCCGACUCUACUGUAAUCAUCUCUCUCCCCUACUCUACUGUAAUCAUCUCUCUCCCCGACUCUACUGUAAUCAUCUCUCUCCCCGACUCUACUGUAAUCACCUCUCUCCCCGACUCUACUGUAAUCACCUCUCUCCCCGACUCUACUGUAAUCACCUCUCUCCCCGACUCUACUGUAAUCAUCUCUCUCCCCGACUCUACUGUAAUCACCUCUCUCCCCGACUCUACUGUAAUCAUCUCUCUCCCCUACUCUACUGUAAUCAUCUCUCUCCCCGACUCUACUGUAAUCACCUCUCUCCCCGACUCUACUGUAAUCAUCUCUCUCCCCGACUCUACUGUAAUCACCUCUCUCCCCGACUCUACUGUAAUCACCUCUCUCCCCGACUCUACUGUAAUCACCUCUCUCCCCGACUCUACUGUAAUCACCUCUCUCCCCGACUCUACUGUAAUCACCUCUCUCCCCGACUCUACUGUAAUCACCUCUCUCCCCGACUCUACUCUGCUCUGCUCUACUCUGCUCUAAUAAUCUCUACUCUAAUCAUCUAUACUCUACUCAUCUCUCUCUCACCGUGUCCAGAAAGGAGACACAGCUCUUCACAUUGCCAUCAGAGGGCGGAGCCGCAAGCUGGCUGAGCUCCUCCUGAGGAACCCAAAAGAUGGCCGCCUGCUCUACCGGCCCAACAAGGCCGGCGAGACGCCCUACAACAUCGACUGCACCCACCAGAAAAGCAUCCUCACCCAGAUAUUUGGAGCCAGUGAGAAAUGAUACUUUAUCACGAAGACAGACCGAUAUCGUCUACAAGUACUCUAGUGUUGAAUUUGAACCUGUUAUUAUGAAAGAAAUUAUAACAUUCAACUGCUAUUAUUUAAGUCACCUGUUAAUAUUAAUCAUUACUCUGAAGGUUUAGCUCGCUCACUCUUAUUUUGGAUAAAUUGUGGUAUUUAUCAAGUUAUGACCACUCACACUCUCCCCCUCUCUCUCUCUCUCUCUCCGUUCCCUUCUCUCUGUCUCUCUCCCUCCCCCUAUCUCUCAGAGCACCUGUCUCCUUCUGAGUCUGACGGUGACAUGCUGGGGUAUGAUCUGUACAGCAGUGCCCUAGCAGACAUCCUCAGUGAGCCCACCAUGCAGCCGCCUAUCUGUGUGGGCCUGUACGCCCAGUGGGGCAGCGGCAAGUCCUUCCUGCUCAAGAAACUGGAGGGUAAGAGAGGACCUGUUUUUGUUUCAGCUGAAGCGUCUCAAAGCGCUCAUGUAAAAAUAAGAAAAUACUUUUCACUACUACAACAGCAAUAUCAAUCUAAAAGUGAACAUGUCAGCCUAUUUAGUAAAGUUCUGGACAUUACCUGUACAAUGUGUUUAAUUUUUACUCAGUCCCAGUUCUCUGCCUUAGUGCCUCAUUUGUAGGUCCCCAUGUUAGGCAGGACCAGCUAAAGGCCCUAACUAAUUUGCAUUUGCCUAUUCUUAUGUAUAACCUGCUCCCCCCCCCCUCCUACAGAUGAGAUGAAGAAUUUUGCGGGCCAGCAGAUUGAACCUCUGUUCCGGUUCUCCUGGCUGGUGGUGUUCCUCACCCUGCUGCUGUGUGGCUCUGUAGCUCUGGUCCUGGGCUUCACAGUCGACUCCCGCCUGGCCGUCGCCGUCUCCCUCAGCCUCCUCGCCCUGCUCUACGUCUUCUUUGGUGAGAAACACUAGAAUAGAAUGGAGUGGAAGACGAUCAUAUUUUGUAGAGUAGAGAUGCUUGUAGAGUAGAGUAGAGUGGAUCGGAAGAGAAUAGUAUAGAAUAGAAUGGGUAAAAUAAGUUUAGGCCCUAGCCUGGGUGUUCUGCAGUUAGGGAAAGUUGCACGUAUUAUAUCACUAGAGGGCGCCAUUGGUCUGUUAGUUUUGAGAAGUCGUACAGUGUUUCACUAAAUAAAACUACAUUUUUAAGGUUCUAGCCACUGGAUGUCAACGUAGGUGGGUGAAAGUCUGAUGGUCAAUCAGAAAUAUUAUGUAUUCUUCUCUCUCUCGGUCUCGCUCUCUCUCGGUCUCGCUCUCUCUCGGUCUCGCUCUCUCUCUAGUGUUGGUGUAUUAUGGGGGUCAUCGUGAGGGGGAGAACUGGAACUGGGCGUGGGUCCUCAGUACCCGUCUGGCCCGUCAGGUGGGCUACCUGGAGCUACUUCUUAAACUCAUGUUCGUCAACCCCCCCGAGCUCCCUGAGCAGACCACCCGCGCCCUGCCUGUCAGGUAAUACACACACGCAUAUAAACACUUACACCUUGAUGUGUACGGCCUUGAAUAGAAAAAUAAUAUUCAAUUAACCUUGUGUGUGUCAGGUUCCUGUUCACAGACUACAACCGUUUGUCAAGUGUGGGAGGAGAGACGUCUAUGGCAGAGAUGAUAGCCACUCUGUCUGACGCCUGUGAGAGGGAGUUUGGCUUCAUGGCCUCCCGCCUCUUCAGGGUGUUCAAGAACGAGGAGAACCAAGGUACUGCCUUCUGUAUCCACUUUGGACAUCCUUUAGAACCUUGUCUUAUUACCUCUGUCAAAAUAAAAUGUUAUUUGUCACAUGCGCCGAAUACAACAGGUGUAGACCUUACUGUGAAAUGCUUACUUACAAGCCCUUUACCAACAAUGCUGUUCAAGAAAUAGAGUUAAGAAAAUAUUUACUAAAUAAACUAAAGUAGAAAACAAAAUAAUAAUAACACAAUAAAAUAUCAAUAACGAUAGCGAGGCUAAAUACAGGGGGUACCGGUACCGAGUCAGUGUGCGGGGGUACAGGUUAGUCAAGGUAAUUUGUACAUGUAGGUAGGGGUAAAGUGACUAGGUAGGGGUACAGUCAGUGUUAAUGUGGCUGUCAUUGGCCUCAUGUCUUUUGUCUGUCUACUGGAAGGGCGUAGUUAUUUCCCUAUAAUGCAUAGGGCUAUGACGAUACCAGUAUCGCAAUAUUUUUUCCAUGGCAAAAAAUGUAACAUGAAGCAGACCAAACUCUUUGGUCCUUUAAAAACCUGCUGUGUGUAAAAUAUUGUGUGCUAUAGCUUGGAGAAUAAAUACAUGUGACUCUGGAUGACAACAUAAUGAUGUUUGUUUCUAACGUUAGGGCUGUUUCCCUAAAUAAGUUACAUCCGUUUUGUGUUUUGUUUCCUUGCCACGAUACUAACAAGUAUCGCAAUACUGGUAUCGUCCCGGCCCUAAUAAUGCACACUCUGUCAUGCAUUUUGGCUUCCAUAAUCCCCCCCAGGUAAGAAGUGGAAGAAGACGUGCUGCGUGCCCAGCUUCAUGCUGUUUGUUGUGACUCUGGGCUGCCUGAUCACAGCCAUGGCGCUGCUGGCCAUCUUCAAGGUACCUACAUACACACACACACCAUGUCAAGUAUGUGCAGUAAUGUGUGUGUGACUCAGGUCUGUGUAUGAUUCCCCUGUACAUGAAAAAAACAAACAAAUUGAAAACGACUUUUUGAGUGCGGACCUUAUUUAUUUUUGAUGAAGGUGCAGCAUGACAACCUGAAGGUGAACGCGGUGCUGAUCGCCAUGGCCAGCAUGGUGGGCAUGGCCCUACUGUUGAACUGUAGGACCUGGUGGCAGGUGGCUGACUCCGUCCUCAACUCUCAGAGAAAGAGGCUGCACAGCGCUGCCAACAAGAUGCACAAGCUCAAGAGUGAGGGCUUCAUGAAGGUAGUGUAAAUACUCUUAUUAUUUUUACUGGGGCAGUCCCACUCCUCACAAAUGUUUAGUUACAUGAUAAUGUUAGACGCUUAGGAGCUCAAUGUAAAAAAAAAAAAAGAAGAGAUAAACUGUGUUUUUAAUUGGAAGCAAUCAUCUGCAAUAUGUCUGUAUGUAGUGAUUGAUGAAGUGUGUGUGUUUGGUUUCUCCAUGCCAGGUGUUGAAGCAGGAGGUGGAGCUGAUGUCGAAGAUGGCCAAGACCAUCGACGGCUUCACCCAGAAUCAGACCCGCAUGGCGGUCAUCAUUGACGGCCUGGAUGCUUGCGAACAGGACAAAGUGCUGCAGAUGCUCGACACGGUGUGUGUGUGCCUGUGCUGUGUGUAUCGGUUUGUAACAAUGGCUACAUGACAAAACACACAUGACCUAUUACCACCCAGGGUUAAAGGUGCUACACAGAAGAUUUUUACAUGUAAUUUUUACAUUGUAAUUUCAGACAAUUUCCAUAAUAUAUCUGCGGUAAUAGUGGAAUGGUAGUGUUUCACAGUUACUUAGUCGCCAGUGUUGCGAUUUUCGCCUAUUGAUUUCUCCCACCUGAGCGGCAUCUGUUGUCAAAAUGGGAAAGCUGUUUUGACUUUGUGGCUGUGUUAUCUACUGGAAAUGGCUGUCAUGUCCUAGUUGCUAAAAGUCUACACUGUUCGCUCAAUUUCAGUUUAUGUGAGAAAACAAACAAUGAAUACUGUAGGGAAUCAUUGUACCAUCUAAAUCACUGUGAAAUAUCUUGCAAUUCACCUAGCACUAGGCUGCAUUUAAAACAAAUCGCCCCCUCCCCCGCAUCCCAUUUCCCGGUAAAAUGGCGGAGAUUCGCGCUUAAGCCGUUUACUUUCGGUUUUGGUCCACCAGCUUCAAACAGCUGUAAAAACGAUAUUUGCUAUUAUUGAAAAUGUAUUUCACAGCAAUUUAGAUGGUACAAUGAUUCCCUACACUAGUCAGUGCUUGUUUUCUCACAUAAACUGAAACAGAUGCAGCUCUGGCGGGAGAAAUCAAUAGGCGAAUAUCACAGCCAACACUGGCAGGUAAGUAAUACUGUGAAACACUACCCUUCCACUAUUACUGCAGAUAUAUUAUGGAUAUUUUCUGAAAUUACAAUGCAAAAAUUCCAAAAAUAUCCUAUGUGUAGUACCUUUAAGUCAUUACCCAUAACCACCCAGGGUUAAGUCAUUACUCAUAACUACACAUGGUUAAGGCAUUACCCAUAACCACCCAGGGUUAAGUCAUUUCCAAUGACUCAUUGGAAAUUAACCAUUGGCACCAAAGUCAAACUCAUGGGGAAAAAGUGCCUAUAGAGUCGUAAAAUAACAUAUUACCAUGAUUUAGCUUUCAAAGCCUCUUUCACAAAGUACAAAUAGUAUUGACUAUGGACACAAAGCACAUAUACAGUAGCCACCCCCUUUAACCCUCCGCCCCCUUUAACCCUCCGCCCCCUUUAACCCUCCGCCCCCUUUAACCCUCCGCCCCCUUUAAAGGCUCCACUUAGUUCAAAUUCCUCUUCCCAGCUGUGGUAAUAUAAUUUCCUCCUGCUAAAUGUUAUUAUUUGGGGACAAGUAAAUCCCCUAGUAGUUCAACAGCCUCCUGUGUGCUAAUGAAAUCUUCUGUGCGAACCAACCAGCGCCUCCUUCCCAGCUAACUCGCAAAUGCCCCAUUUGUGGCACAAAUUAACCAACGAGGCCCUCUUAAAUUCUCAUCUUUUUGUUUCUGAUUUUGAUACGAAUAUUAGCAGAUUAAAUUUUUCAGUAAACUAAAUAUUUUUCCAUUUGUUAAUGCAGAUAGAUAUAUGUAUGAUCUAACAGUGCUAUAUUCAUAUGAUGAGUACAUGGAUAUGAAGAGGUACAGAAGGAGUGAUGAUCAGCUAUAAGUGAAUUACAGGGCAAACUCAGUAUAAGUCAAUAGUUGUUUGGCUGCGGACACACACACAAACACACACACACACACACACACACACCGCCCGAGGGUGGUCACUGUAGCUAAUAGACUGUAAAUAAAGCACAAAUCAGGAUCCUGUGACACUUGGACGAUGUCUCUCAUCAUCAGCUUGGAAAGUCCCACUUUGUGUGCUGUCUGUUGACCAUCAGGUCUCACAACAGUCAUUUAGAGAGACUAGUAGUAGGGAGUCUCCCCAGUGGAACUGUUGUUGCAUGCGCCUUACAAACAAAAUGUGAUCAACAGAAAUGUGAUCAACAGGAAUGUGAUCAACAGAAGCCCACAAACUAACAAGAAACUACAAAUGGUGGACACAGUUGACAGAUAUUAAGAAGGUGAUGUCAAGUAGUUUUCACCAGUCAUGCUCAAUGGAUUUCAGGCUUUUAUCAUUCCAAAUCAGUAUACUACAGAUGAUCACAGUAGUGAAUGCACCCAGGGCCCGUAUCCACAAAGCUUCUCAGAGUAGGAGUGCUGAUCUAAGAUCAGUUAAACUUUUUAGAUCAUAAUGAAUAAGAUUAUAUGGCCAGAUGAGGACCUGAUCCUAGAUCAGCACUCCUACUCUUGAGAGGCUUUGUGGAUAUGGGUCUAAAUCUUCCUGCUAUUCCCUCCCUCCACCAGGUGAGGGUGCUGUUCUCCAAAGGCCCAUUCAUCUCUAUUUUCGCCAGCGACCCCCACAUCAUCAUCAAGGCCAUCAACCAGAACCUGAACAGCGUGCUAAAGGACUCCAACAUCAACGGCCACGACUACAUGAGGAACAUUGUCCACCUGCCUGUCUUUCUCAACAGCCGGGGCCUUAGCACCACCAGGAAGCUGUGCAUGGCCACCCCCACUCCCAACGGAGACCUGGUCAACCCUGAGGGUACGCAAGACAUAUGCAUAGGCGGGCCUGCAGGAAUGCACACACGCACACACACACACACACACACACACACACACACACACACACACACAAAAUCACACAAUCACUAUGGGUUUCAUUAGGUUACGGCUCUAACAUUCUAUCUUGCUAUGAUUCAGUAGGAAAUAGGAAUCAUGUAAUGUGUUCACUGAAUAGGUUGAUUCUUUAAAUCAGGUGUUGUGAUGAGAUAUCCCUUGAUUGUCCUGUCUCUUUCUUUCUCUCUCUCUCCCCUCCUCUCUCGCUCCUUUUCCACUCCUCUCUUCACAGGAUGGCAUGAGGAGAUGGACAGGAAGCUGUCCUCGAACAGUCUGGCGGAUCAGGCCAAGUUUGGCAGCAAGACGGCCCUCAACCGCAGAGUAAGCUCUUCCAGCCAUCCACCCCUCUCUCCCCUAUCUGUCUAUUCAUACCAAGGCUAGACCAUAGAUCUCCCUGCAGAGGUCCUGUAGAGGUCUCUCCCUGCAGAGGUCCUGUAGAGGUCUCUCCCUGCAGAGGUCCUGUAGAGGUCUCUCCCUGCAGAGGUCCUGUAGAGGUCUCUCCCUGCAGAGGUCCUGUAGAGGUCUCUCCCUGCAGAGUUCUGGCACAAAGACAAGUGAUCCAACAAGGAGCCUGAGGAGAUUGGUCAUCUGUCCUGGCAAUGAAAGCUCAGUGAAAUACCUCUGAAGUGGUGCAGAAGUUUAUUUUCUCAUAGACACAGAUGGAGAGGACUAACAUAGAACGGGUGAGAUGAUGCACCAAAUCCCACAGGCACAGGGGCCUAGCUAGAUUCCUCCUGCCUUGUGCUGAACAUAGCAGAGAGGGGUGGAGGAGCAAAAGAGCCAGUGUCUGUGUCUCCGUUGUGGAGGAGUCUCUGCCUGGUAAUUGAAGCAAUGUCUGUUUAUCCUUCCUGCUGCGAUGCCACACUUCCUAAUGGCAGGGAGGAGCAGCAGUGGGUCCCGGUGACAAAACGCUGGCACCCGUGGCUGCAGGCGGGAGGCUAAGUGGCUCUGCCUCCUUCCCCUUGCGAGGACCACAUUUAGUUUGUUUGUUUGGGUGCCUGGUUUAUUUCCCUUUUUUCUUUCUUUUUGUUAUUUUAUUUGGGUCCUUUUUUAUUUCGGGGCACGCUUCUUUUUGUUGGCCCUCUCGUCGGUUGCCAGGAAGCAGUGAGGGGCUCUCUUUACAAGCGGCGCUAAAAAGGAUUGAUGGAAGGAGGAUGGAGGGAGGGAGAAAAAAAGCUCUCUGUCUCUCAGCUGCUUAAUUGCAGAGUUGUGGAUCUUUAGCCAAGUCUAUCUUUACAAGAUGGCAGGGGAGGCCAGCUCAGGCUUGUAAACAAUAUGGGCGUUUGGCUCUGGCCUGAUGUGAACAAAUGUGAUCAAAGUUAGCUUGAUGUGAACAAAGUAAGUUUGCUUGUUUGGUGGCUUUUCAUGAUCAAAAUUCAACAAUUGCUCCUGAUAGUCUGGUUAUUCAGAAAAAAACUAUAAAUAAAAUAACUAUAAUACUAUCAACUUUCACCAAUCAUAUUCCAUUUUUGAGCAUGUCCAAAACAUCUAAGUUAGGAUCAAAGGAGAGCUAAUCACUCUCCUCCUUACUGAUCCAAUACUGACUUAUAACUGGCCAGACACUCACUCCCUCUUCCGGUCCGGUGAGGUCAGUCAGCUUAUUGGUGGUGGUGUUCUGAGGAGCUUUCUCCUAUUGUAACCACUGCUGUACUGUUCAGAAAUCAGCACCUAUUGUGGUCCUGCAGAUACAGCAUUCCACUCAUUUUGGAUUGACAGAAAAUCCAGAAAGAAGUGAUAUGUAUCCUCAUAGUUUAAUGAACCACAAGUACAACACUAUGUGGAUGUCACGCCUACUCCCGCUCCGGCUCUCGACGUCGCCGGCCUACUAACCACCGGUCCUGGCAACCCACAUUACACACACCUGGCAACCAUCAUUGCACACACCUGGACUUCAUCAUCACCCUGAUUUACUCUCCUUUUAUUUAGCCCUCAGUAGCCUCAGUCUUCAGGCAGUAUUGGUUUUGUUUACGUUCAGCACGCUACUCCUGUUUUGAUUAUCUUCAUGUCUCUUAUUAUUAAACUCACCUUCUGCACCUGCUUCCUGACUCCCUGUGUACACGUUACAGUGGACCCCAGGAAGUGCAGCUGUUGCUAUUGUAACAGCUAGUGGGGAUCCAAAUACACUAAUACACUUUUGUCUAACUGCGUAAGGAAAGUUACUCUGUCUUACUGUGGACUAGAUGAGCAAAAUAGUCAUCUCCUAUCUAAUGGCUCUACGUCAGUAGCACACAGUGCAUUUCUGUGUCCAACACGGGACAUUCCAGUUGAUCUCCCUGUUAAUUGGGCUCAGUAACAGAUGCCCUUGUGUGUUAGUGGGUUAGGGAUGGGCGGAGUGGUGAAAUAAGGAAGGAUGGAGAGAGUGUGGGAAGAAGGAAGGAUGGAGAGAGUGUGGGAAGAAGGAAGGAUGGAGAGAGUGUGGGAAGAAGGAAGGAUGGAGAGAGUGGGAAGAAGGAGAAAAAGACAGCUAAUGUAAGACUAGAGGUCACACACAUGGUCACAUGAUACACUGCACAGGGUGAUGAUGCCAUCAUGAGAUGGUCACCCACUCGGUCACAGGGUCACGUAAAAUGUAGAGCACAGGACAGGUCAAACAAGGCCAACACUAAUUAUAUAAUGUGCCACAAACUAAGAAAAACACUCACUAAGGAUUGUGGAAAGGCCAAGGGGAUUUACAAACAGUAUAAAGAUCUGAGGUCUCCUCUGUGUGUAGGACACGUACCGCAGGAGGCAGAUUCAGAGGACCGUCACCAGACAGAUGUCCUUCGACCUGACCAAGCUGUUGGUCACUGAGGACUGGUUCAGUGACAUCAGCCCCCAGACCAUGAGAAGGCUGCUCAACAUCGUCUCUGUCACAGGUAAUAUAUUCCAUUUAUCAGACAUAUAGGUGGCCCCGGGAAUCAAACCCACAACCCUGGCGGUGCAAGUUCCAUGCUCUACCAACUGAGCCAUACAGGUAACAAGUCACCUAUUAGAUUACCUAUGACCUUUUAUAUUACCCAAGGACGGAGGGGUGUGCUACCAGCAUGGCACUUAUAAGCGUUAUUAGUCGCUUAGGGGUGGCCAACCUUCGUACUUGAUAGCCACUAGGUGUGCAUGAUUUUGUUCCAGUCCUGCUCUAACACAAUGGCUUCAGCUAAUCAAGGUAGUCCUGAUGAGCCGCUGAUUAGUAGAAGUGGGUGUGUUACAGCAGGCCAGGAACAAAAGCCUGCACACAGAGUCCCUCCACUCUCAGAGAAACUGUCGCUGACAUCUCAUUGGGUGUGAUAUGUCCAGGUCGUCUGCUGAGGGCCAAUCAUAUCAUCUUUAACUGGGACCGCCUGGCGUCGUGGAUCAACAUGACGGAGGAGUGGCCCUAUAGGACCUCCUGGCUCAUCCUCUUCCUGGAGGAGACCGACGGCAUCUCAGACCAGGUCACCCUGAAGACCAUCUACGAGAGGUACAUACACACACAUCUGCACUCAAACAAGCAUGCAUGCACAGGCAGACACACACAAGCAGACGUGCAGACACUCACGUUUAAGAUCUAUUUCUGGUUCCUUUUACACCACACACGCCAAGGUUUCCGUUAGGAAAAUGUGGCGCCGGACAUGUGACAACUUGACCAGACCCGUAUGCAUUGGGUGCAGAACCUCAUUAGGGUGUCAAACCAACGGUGCUCAGAAUGACAGGAAUCACAUUUAGAUAACAGUAAAUUAUCUUAACAGAACAUGCAACUCCAGGAUGCAUCCUUCUUACCGAAUUCCGAUGCGCACUUUGAAGAUAUUACAAUAACUGUCCACAUUUACUUUUCCUCAGUGAACAAGACAAGUAACGAACAGCAAAAUCACUAGUCUAUGUCAAUCUAUUAUCCCCCAUAGUAGAAAAGUGUACCUAUUCUAUUGGUCAGCUUGUCUUUCUGUACGAGAAAGAAAUGGCCUAUUCCAAACUGACUCUGGGACAGUUGUGGGACGAUAGAUCCUAAAUCCAUCCAACCAGUAGGCCUAGGCUACAUAUAUUUUUUAAAAGCGAUGAGUUCGAUGCAACAGAUCAGAAUGUUUAGCUUACAACGUUGAUAAACUAUUAUUUCUUCACAUAUAAACACAACAAUAUGCACAAGGUAGUAGACUGUGUGAAUGUUCGUUCCAUGAUGCAAUUAGCAGGAAAACACCAUUGUCAAAAUCACACUGCACAUGCAAGCGGUUCCAUGAGACUGAUGAAAAUAUCCGUGAAAAAUGUAGAAAGAGGCAUCUAAAGAUGCAACAACUAGCAUGGGUUGCUAAUAUGACUAGGAUGGGUUGCUAAUAUGACUAGCAUGGGUUGCUAAUAUGACUAGGAUGGGUUGCUAAUAUGACUAGCAUGGGUUGCUAAUAUGACUAGGAUGGGUUGCUAAUAUGACUAGCAUGGGUUGCUAAUAUGACUAGGAUGGGUUGCUAAUAUGACUAGCAUGGGUUGCUAAUAUGACUAGGAUGGGUUGCUAAUAUGACUAGGAUGGGUUGCUAAUAUGACUAGGAUGGGCUGCUAAUAUGACUAGGAAUGUGCCUUUUGGCUACUGGACAAUGAAAGAAAGUUGAAUUGAAAACCAAUAGAACAUGAGCAAAAUAGGCUACUGGUUUCAAUGGCAUUUGGAAGUCUUUAUAAAAUAAUUGCCUCCAAGUUCGGUCGUAUUUUGGCUAGGCUACUUUGAAGCAAGAUAAACAUGCAUCAUAAUAUGUAGUAAAACGUUUAGGUUUCAAACAUUUAAGUCUAUGUUUUCAAAAUGCAUACUGCCUCCAGCUCAUUGCAAAGUGGUGUGUGACGUACUGAAGCCUGCCUACGGUUAUAUGCACUUCAAUGUGAAGUGCGCUUCAAUUACUAGUUAAGAUUUUUUUUGUUGUUGCUAUUUUUAAUCUUGGUUAUCAAAACUGAUUUUAACAUUUUAUUUAAUUUAGAAUUGUUGCGCAAUGAUUGGGCAUAUAAAAGCACGUUUCAAUCCAGCAGUAACAGGAGCUGUUUACAUCGACUGGUAUUUGAUCAAUGAAUAGGCUAAAAAGCAGAAUUUUGCAAUGGGAUUUUUUUAUUCUCCAGGUCAAUUAGCCGGCGCAGAUUUUAUUUGAUCAGCUUUUCAUUCUUUUUUUGAGGGGGGGGGCAAAAGCCGGCUAUUACGGGCUAACGGAAACCCAGACACAGGCGCUCCUCAAAAUGUAAGAUGAAUACUCUGUCAUGAUAAAAUCAUAUUGACCAGUAGAGGGCAGCAGAGAAUCUUCAUAUCCACUUCAACCACCACAUCAUUUAGUAGUAAGGACACCCGAAGGUUUCUCUGAACACCACUAAAUAGACUGAAUUACCACGUUGUAUUCGGAUCACGUAGCUGAAUGCAUUGAAAUAAGAAGCAUAUCAUUAUUAAUAUGUUGAUUGAAAUUAUACAGUGUAUGAAGCACAGCCAGUGACUGGUUAACUAGGCAUGAGAGUGUGGACAAGGGGAAGGGACAGCACAUAGUCUGAGUCAUUAGGAUUGGAGCUGUUCUGCAUCAAUAGCUGGCCUUUAAAGGUUGCACUCUGCCACUCUGUCACAAUACACUAGCGCCCAGGACUCCUGGGGCGCUGAAGUGUCACCGGCACUCAGUGUCACACAGUCAUCACCACUCCCCCUCCAUCCCCAUCCUUCACUGAGUUUCUGGUCGAAUAAAUGUCUCAGGACAAAUAUAUAUGAGGCAGCGCAUCUAAAGGACCUCAGGAGUCUGUAAUAGUUUAAUGGAUGAGAGUUCAGGAAGGCCUCCGUGCUACAGCAAACAAAGAAAGGUGGGAGUGGUGCUCGACAACAGCGACAAAAAUCCAACAAAAGGGCUUAGCAAGAAAAACUUCCAAAAAUACUAAUUCGAGGCAGAGAGGAGUUGGAGUACUCAACAAAAAAGGCAGAGAUACAUUUCUUAUUUGCUCAAUUUAGUCCAUUUUUCAGGAUGAGUACAGGUGACUGACGUUUCAACGUCAAGCUGACGCCUUCCUCAGAGUGUAAUAGACUUUAUAAUGUGCAGCGAUUUAGAUAAUUGUUUACGGCAUAAUCAAAUAAACUGCUUUAGAAGGACUCCUAAGCAAAGAGUUUGACCUGCAGGUAUCAGGUAGGUAUAAUCUGAAAUGUUAGGCUAUCCCCCCUCCAUCAAUGCACUGUCUCUUUCCCCCUCUCUUGCUCCAUCUUGCUCCCUCUUUCCCCCUCUCUUUCCCCCUCUCUUUCUCCCUCUCUUUCUCCCUCUUUCCCCGUCUUUCCCCCUCUCUUUCUCCCCCUCUUUCCCCCUCUCUUUCUCCCCCUCUUUCCCCCUCUCUCUUCUCCCUCUCUUUCUCUCUCUCUUUCUCUCUUUCCCCCUCUCUUUUUAUUUCUCUCUCUCUGAAGCUCUUCUUCUAAGGCAGCACGUCACGUGGGCUCCCAUUCUUUUUGUAUAGCCGGGUGAGUCACACUGCCUUGCCUGUCUUUCUCGACGGUUGCUUGCCUCACUUCAACCUCAGGCCCCUGCCUCUCUGUAGGAACAGAGAGCUGCUUCUUGUUUUUACGGUGGUCCUGCGGUCAGGUCAACACGGCAUCCUCUCUCUCAACCGAAACUCAACCAGCACCACUUUGCUAUCUCCUCUUCUGCUCAACCGUCAAUUUUAAUGGUUGUCAGACCACAGCGAUUUAGAUAAUUGUUUACGGCAUAAUCAAAAAAACUAUCUUUACUGCUAUCUUUACCCCUCAUGAAGGGUUUGUCAGUGUAACAUGACUGGGGAGUUCGUUGGGGGGAUGUGUGAUGCUCAGUUGUCUCUAGACUAGAGCACUUCAUUUCCCCCAAGCAUCUAAUAAGUGAAUAGAUUACUGCUGAAGUGUAUGUGGGGGUGAGUCAACUCCUCAUAGGUCAACUGUCGUUCCACAUCUCAGUCAUAAGGCAGAGGGCUCUCUCUCUGUAAGGUUUAUUGCAGCCCAUGUAGGCCACAGAGAGCAGCAUGUACUUGGAAGACAGUGAUGUGAGAUACACUGAGUGUACAAAACAUUAAGGACACCUGCUUUUUCCAUGACAUAGACUGACCAGGUGAAUCCAGGUGAAAGCUAUGAUCACUUAUUGAUGUCACUUGUUAAAUCCACUUCCAUCAGUGUAUUUGAAGGGGAGGAGACAGGUUAAUAAUGAUUUUUAAGCCUUGAGACAAUUGAGACAUGGAUUGUGUAUGUGUGCCAUUCAGAGGGUGACUGGGCAAGACAAAAGAUUUAAGCGCCUUUGAACGGGGUAUGGUAGUUGGUGCCAGGCACACCGGUUUGAGUGUGUCAAGAACUGCAAUGCUGCUGGGUUUUUCACACUCAACAGUUUCCUGUGUGUAUCAAGAAUGGUCCACCACCCAAAGGACAUCUAGCCAACUUGACACAACUGUGGGAAGCAUUGGAGUCAACAUGGGCCAGCAUCCCUGUGGAACGCUUUUGACACCUUGUAGAGUCCAUGCCCAGACGAAUUGAGUGUUCUGAGGGCAAAAAGGUGUGGGUGGGGUGUAACUUAAUAUUAGGAAGGUGUUCCUAAUGUUUGAUACACUCAGUGUAUUUUACAGUCUUAUUAGUAUAUUAGCUAUAUAGCCUAGUCAUGUUAGUUAUGUUCUUCGGUGUAACUGUCACAAUGUCCUUAUGCAACAGAAUCCUUCUUUCUCACUAAUGGUUUACCAUAAACGUAGCAUGUGUCUGACUUCUCAAAAGACAGAAAAACAAAGAAACCUGCUUUCUUGUUAUCACACCAACAGGCUAUCAAAAUAGCUAAAAGCUCCAAACCACAGUCACACACACACACACACACACACACAGCAACGGCCAACAUAUUUGUCUCACUUGCGAGCCAGCGUGCAGUGCCUGCCUAAACGCACUUACGGAAAGUGUUUCGGAGAGUUCCAGUAUUUAUAGCUGUCAGGUUUACUAUUUGAAUCGAGAUGGCGUAUUAUUGUUGUUUUGAUCAAAUUGAAUUAGUCUGUGAGUUGUGGUGUUCUAAGCAGCAGUCUCAUUUCAGUUUUUUAUGGAGAUGCGAUCCCUCUGGUCAUUGUACAGAUGAAUAACUGCUGCUGCUUGGUUCUGUUUUUGCUUUUUCAGACCAGGAAUACAUAUCUUCAGAUCAGUACUCGAGAGUGGUAUGUUAUGUUCAGCAUCGCACCAAAAAAAGCAAGCUUCCGGAAAGCAGCAAAUGGAAACUAUUUUGGCGAUCACAAAAGCACACGAGUAGAGAUUUCCGGCUGUCGGUAUCCGGGAUCUGUGGGGAAGUUUGAGCCCAGUCAGAUCCUCAGGGAGUCUAUUUCGGGAGCUCCAAUUGGAUUUGUAGCUUGAAAAGUGUUGUUUGGUCAGUCCUUCAAGCCGGAGCCGGGUCCUGGGUCUGCUCUGACAUCUGGUGCCCUGUCUGUGCCAGGAUGCCCCUGCAGUACCUGCACAGGCCUGGCUCAGUACCUGUACACCCCCCCCCCCCCCCCCCCCCCCCCCCCCCCCCCCCCCCCCCCAUCCCCCCAGUCCCUUCCUCACACACACCUCCAAGCCCCCAAGCUCUCACAUAGGUGCAGUGCGGCACAAGAACAUAUGUCACCCCACGCUCCUCUGAGGAUCACUGUAAUUAAUCAGACCCUGAGACACUAGCAAGGCACUUGCAAGGCACACACACACACACACACACACACACACACAGCCCCUUACUGGAAACAGAAGGCCAGGAAUGCGUGUCAAGCACCAAAAAAUAAUUUUCUCCACUACUCUAUAAAGCCUUGGCCCAUAUGUCUCUCCAUUGCUCAUUUUGUCUCUCACAGCAUCACACUAUUCAAUCAGAAACUGUAUUCAGUUUCUGGGUUAAGGCAAACCAAUAGUUACAGUGGGGAGAACAAGUAUUUGAUACACUGCCGAUUUUGUAGGUUUUCCUACUUACAAAGCAUGUAGAGGUCUGUAAUUUGUAUCAUAGGUACACUUCAACUGUGAGAGACAGAAUCUAAAACAAAAAUCCAGAAAAUCACAUUGUAUGAUUUUUAAGUAAUUAAUUUGCAUUUUAUUGCAUGACAUAAGUAUUUGAUACAUCAGAAAAGCAGAACUUAAUAUUUGGUACAGAAACCUUUGUUUGCAAUUACAGAGAUCAUACGUUUCCUGUAGGUCUUGACCAGGUUUGCACACACUGCAGCAGGGAUUUUGGCCCACUCCUCCAUACAGACCUUCUCCAGAUCCUUCAGGUUUCGGGGCUGUCGCUGGGCAAUACGGACUUUCAGCUCCCUCCAAAGAUUUUCUAUUGGGUUCAGGUCUGGAGACUGGCUAGGCCACUACAAGACCUUGAGAUGCUUCUUACGGAGCCACUCCUUAGUUGCCCUGGCUGUGUGUUUCGGGUCGUUGUCAUGCUGGAAGACCCAGCCACGACCCAUCUUCAAUGCUCUUACUGAGGGAAGGAGGUUGUUGGCCAAGAUCUCGCGAUACAUGGCCCCAUCCACCCUCCCCUCAAUACGGUGCAGUCGUCCUGUCCCCUUUGCAGAAAAGCAUCCCCAAAGAAUGAUGUUUCCACCUCCAUGCUUCACGGUUGGGAUGGUGUUCUUGGGGUUGUACUCAUCCUUCUUUUCCUCCAAACGCGGCGAGUGGAGUUUAGACCAAAAAGCUCUAUUUUUGUCUCAUCAGACCACAUGACCUUCUCCCAUUACUCCUCUGGAUCAUCCAGAUGGUCUUUGGCAAACUUCAGAUGGGCCUGGACAUGUAUGGCACUGCAGGAUUUGAGUCCCUGGUGGCGUAGUGUGUUACUGAUGGUAGGCUUUGUUACUUUGGUCCCAGCUCUCUGCAGGUCAUUCACUAGGUCCCCCUGUGUGGUUCUGGGAUUUUUGCUCACCGUUCUUGUGAUCAUUUUGACACCACGGGAUGAGAUCUUGCGUGGAGCCCCAGAUCGAGGGAGAUUAUCAGUGGUCUUGUAUGUCUUCCAUUUCCUAAUAAUUGCUCCCACAGUUGAUUUCUUCAAACCAAGCUGCUUACCUAUUGCAGAUUCAGUCUUCCCAGCCUGGUGCAGGUCUACAAUUUUGUUUCUGGUGUCCUUUGACAGCUCUUUGGUCUUGGCCAUAGUGGAGUUUGGAGUGUGACUGUUUGAGGUUGUGGACAGGUGUCUUUUAUACUGAUAACACGUUCAAACAGGUGCCAUUAAUACAGGUAACGAGUGGAGGACAGAGGAGCCUCUUAAAGAAGACGUUACAGGUCUGUGAGAGCCAGAAAUCUUGCUUGUUUGUAGGUGACCAAAUACUUAUUUUCCACCAUAAUUUGCAAAUAAAUUCAUUAAAAAUCCUACAAUAUGAUUUUCUGGAUUUUUUUUUCUCAAUUUGUCUGUCAUAGUUGACGUGUACCUAUGAUGAAAAUUACAGGCCUCUCUCAUCUUUUUAAGUGGGAGAACUUGCACAAUUGGUGGCUGACUAAAUACUUUUUUCCCCCACUGUAUGAGCUUUCUUGAACAGGGGGACCUUGCAGACGCUGCAGGAUUUCAGUCCUUCACGGCGUAGUGUGUUACCAAUUGUUUUCUUGGUGACUAUGGUCCCAGCUGCCUUGAGAUCAUUGACAAGAUCCUCCCGUGUAGUUCAGGGCUGAUUCCCCACCGUUCUCAUGAAAAUUGCAACUCCACGAGGUGAGAUCUUGCGUGAAGCCCCAGGCCGAGGGAGAUUGACAGUUAUUUUGUGUUUCUUCCAUUUGCGAAUAAUUGCACCAACUGUUGUCACCUUCUCACCAAGCUGCUUGGUGAUGGUGUUGUAGCCCAUUCCAGCCUUGUGUAGGUCUACAAUCUUGUCCCUGACAUCCUUGGAGAGCUCUUUGGUCUUGGCCAUGGUGGAGAGUUUGGAAUCUGAUUGAUUGAUUGCUUCUGUGGACAGGUGUCUUUUAUACAGGUAACAAGCUGAGAUUAGGAGCACUCCCUUUAAGAGUGUGCUCCUAAUCUCAGCUCGUUACCUGUAUAAAAGACACCUGGGAGCCAGAAAUCUUUCUGAUUGAGAGGGGGUCAAAUACUUAUUUCCCUCAUUUAAAAUGCAAAUCAAUUUAUAACAUUUUGGACAUGCGUUUUUCUGGAUUUUUUUGUUGUUAUUCUGUCUCUCACUGUUCAAAUAAACCUACCAUUAAAAUUAGACUGAUCAUUUCUUUGGCAGUGGGCAAACGUACAAAAUCAGCAGGGGAUCAAAUACUUUUUUCCCUCACUGUAUGUCAUGCAAUAAAAUGCAAAUUAAUUACUUAAAAAUCAUACAAUGUGAUUUUCUGGAUUUUUGUUUUAGAUUCCGUCUCUCACAGUUGAAGUGUACCUAUGAUAAAAAAUUACAGACCUCUACAUGCUUUGUAAGUAGGAAAACCUGCAAAAUCGGCAGUGUAUCAAAUACUUGUUCUCCCCACUGUAUCUUGCACUGAGAGCAUGUUUCAAAACAUUUCUGCAUUUAUUUCUUAUUAUUUCACAUAGGAAACAUUGUUUUUACUAAUUCAAUGAAUUGAUACUGAACAAAAAUAUAACCGCAACAAUUUCAAAGAUUUUAUUGAGUUACAGUUCGUAUAAGGAAAUCAGUCAAUUGAAAUAAAUGUAUUAGGUCCACCCACUGGGGAGCCAGGCCCAGGCCCAGCCAAUCAGAAUUAGUUUUCCCACAAAAGGGCUUUAUUACAGACAGAAAUACUCCUCAUCACCCCCCCCUCAGAUAAUCUUGCAGGUGAAGAAGCCGGAUGUGGAGGUCCUGGGCUGGCGUGGUUACACCUGGUCUGCGGUUGUGAGACCGGUUGGACGUACUGCCAAAUUCUCUAAAAUGACGUUGGAGGCAGCUUAUGGUCCACUCUGGUGGACAUUCCUGAAGUCAGCAUGCCAAUUGCAUGCCUUCAAAACUUGAGACAUCUGUGGCAUUGUGUCAUGUGACAAAACUGCACAUUUUAAAGUGGCCUUUUAUUGUCCCCAGCACAAGUUGCACCUGUGUAAUGAUCAUGCUGUUUAAUCUGCUUCUUGAUAUGCCACACCUGUCAGGUGGAUGGAUUAUCUUGGCAAUGGAGAAAUGCUCACUAACAGGGAUGUUAACAAAUAUGUGCACAAACUUUGAGAGAAAUAAGCUUUUUGUGCUUAUUGAAAAUAUCUUCUUUUUUUUCAGCUCAUGAAACAUGGGACCAACACAUGUUGCGUUUAUAUUUUUGUUCAGUGUAGAUUACAACAUCCCAGUACAAGAACAAUGUUUCUUAAACUUCCAGAUAGGGGUUAUUGCUUGUCCAGAGGCCUCAGUCUCCAUCACUAAGCUGUCCCUGGCUACUCUCUCUUUAGCAGGAAGGUAUUUAACUCUGAUGCUUUCGUCUAUGUUUUCUGCUUUCUCUGAAUCUGCCGCUGUCACAAUCCUCCCCUCCCUCAUUGAUCCAGCGAACAAUUGGCCUCUCAGAGACAUGCCCGGAUCCAGGCAUUCAAGCGAUUCUCUGAGCGCUUCAAAACUUUUAACUAAUGACACUUGAAAUGAAUACGGGCAAGGCACUUUGGGCUAAUUAGGAAGCCUCUUCUCCCAAGUACUGAAACAUUAAGAUGACAUAAUGUUCAUUCGGGAUUACUUUAAUUGGGACAAUUAUUGUAAUUUCGUCGCAAUUACGUGUUGAGAUAAAAGCGCUUUCUAAAGCGAAUGCGUGUGAUUCCCUUUAUGUAAAAUCCUAAUAAGCCUCUAAAUACUUGGCCACAAAAGAAGAGUAGCUUUUUUUCCCUGGAACACUUUUGAACUUCGAUGCCCUUGAAUUAAGUAUUUUUGCUUUUCUCCCUCCGUACGCGAUUGUUAAUACUAUAUUGUAAAUACUAUAUUUCCAUCACAUACACAACUUGUCUGUAAAAUCUUGAUUGCACUGCUAACAGUAGGAAAACACUUUUCUCCCAGUCGUCUUUUCCCUCAGAGGGAUCCUUUUGUCCCUGAGCUAAAUCCUUCAGGAGGCAUUUUGGUGGAAAGAGUACUCUUGUAAUUCAAUAGCGCUGCCGUUAUUUGCCAAGAGGCCCUAAAGCGCUCUAAAUUAUAAAGCUGCUGAAAAGCCAUCUAUUUCCCAAUAGAAUGUGGUCUAUCUCUGAUAGGGAGCUCUUUAUUGAGUCUGUGACAAACCGUAUGACCUCCAGAUAGGGGAGAUGGAGCAGAGAUGGUGAAGGGGGCCCUUUAUACAGGGCUAUUAUGAGGUCUACAGGACAACAAUUGUGGCUCGUGUGAAUACCCCUCAAUGUCAGGUGUCCUCAUAAACCAUGAUUGUUGGCACAUUGACAUAGCACUCUGACUAUAGUAUCCAGCGACUACUGGGACUGCUGGGUGUAUUUCAUAAUGUAUAAGUGAUUCCCAGAGUAUUGGUACAAGUGCUGAACAAAAAAGUGUACGAGCAGUGACCACUUUUAUACCCUGGUCAUUGCUGUGUCCAGUGUCCACCUGGUAGUAAAGCAUGUUUUCUCUCAAGUGGGGAUGAGAGUGUUGGUCAGUCCAGGUGGUGAUGUUUCACUGAGGCAUACUCUGCCUUCGCCUCUCAUAUGGACAUGUUUUUCCAGUGGGAACAGCCCUGGACUGGUCCAGCACUACCCAUCUGUUCUGUGUGUGAAGAUGUGUGAAGCACCAGGGCCCGAGGGUGGGUGUGUUAGUUACAUACAUCCCUCAGGUGUUGGACCGUUGUGACUAAGGGAUGAAUCAGCAGGAGAGGCGAGCUCCACCAGGCUCCCACAGAGCAAACAAAAUGUCCACAGAGUCUGUGGCACAAAAUGUGAAUAAAAUUCAUAAAAGCAAUUUAGUACAGAGCUGUGGUCGAUGUCCACAGGCCCAACCAUUGUGUUGAGGUGUGUCCCUGAUAUGAGUGUUUGUUUGUGGAGAUGUCCAGAUGAAGCGGCACUGGGAUGCCACAUUUCCCUACCACUACAUACUCUGGUGGUUAAAGAUAUUCUCCGGUACUUUUGUAUACUUUUUAGCCAGUAGUUCUAAAAGUAGUGCUCAUGAGCCAAAAGUGGUCCCCCGAAAAUUGUCACACAUAUGCAGAUAUGUGCACCACGUCAUUGCUCUCUCUCUCUCGCUCUGCUGUGUGUGCAUCUUGCUAGCUGUCACUCAAAUGGCGAUGGGGUGAAGCUCAUUGGCUAGAACUCGAAUUGCUAGUGGGCUGGCCCACGUGGGGAAAAAUGGAGGGAAAAUGACGCAGCACAGCUUCCAGAAAAACAGUCGCUUUCAAACUAGGGAUUUCGUGGCUAAUGGAGGUAAAACAGUAAUUCUGCUCAUAGAGUAGAUUAUGCAUGUAUGAACUUACACAUUGACACAUCCAGCCCAAAGCAGAAGGUUUAAAACAUACUUAGAAGUCGCCAAAGUUCCAGAGCAUGUCUUUAAUAGCCAUGUGAUGGAAAAGGGGUCUGUUAUGUAGCAUUCCUUGUUAGCAAAUCCACUUUGAGCCCUUUCAUUAUUUCAUGAGUUGAACUUAAUUAAACACUUUGAAACAAGAGAUCCAGACUGUUGGAUGGUCUGGGGCUGUUUUUCAUGGUUCGGGCUAGGCCCCUUAUUUGGAAGGGAAAUCUUAACGCUACAGUGUACAUUCUAGUGCUUCCAACUGUGCUUCCAACUUUGUGGCAACAGUUUUGUGAAGGCCCUUUUCUGUUUCAGCAUGACAAUGCCCCCGUGCACGAAGCAAGGUCCAUACAGAAAUGGUUUGUCGAGUUCGGUGUGGAAGACAAUUUGGCCUAGCGUCGCCCAGGUUAGGGGAGGGAAUGGCCAGCAGGGAUGUAGCUCAGUUGGUAGAGCAUGGCGUUUGCAACGCCAGGGUUGUGGGUUCGAUUCCCACGGGGGGCCAGUAUGAAAAAUACAAAAAAUAAUGUAUGCACUCACUAACUGUAAGUCGCUCUGGAUAAGAUUAUUAUUAUAUUAUUAUAAGAGCGUCUGCUAAAUGACUAAAAUGUAAAUGAACUUGACUGGCCUGCACAGAGCCCUGACCUCAACCCCAUCGGAUACCUUUGGGAUGAAUUGGAACGCUGACAGUGAGCCAAGCCUAACCGCCCAACAUCAGUGCCCGACCUCACUAAUGCUCUUGUGGCUGAAUGAAAGCAUAUCCCUGCAGCAAUGUUCCAACAUCUAGUGGAAAGCCUUCCCAGAAGAGUGGAGGCUGUUAUAGCAGCAAAGGGGGGACCAACUUCAUAUUAAUGCCCAUGAUUUUGGAAUGAGACGUUCGACGAGCUGGUGUCCACAUACUUUUUGGUCAUGUAGUAUAUGUCAAUAUCUUUGAAAAUACCAUAUAAGUAUCAUUAGCUUCUAAAACAAUACAAUCUGUUUUCUUUUAUCAUAUUUUGGACCAGUGUGAGGCUCUCUCAACUAUCCCAACUAUUCCUGCAGUGAGGAGGAUUCACCAUCUUCAUCAAAUGUUUUCAAAUUUAUCUGCAGAUAAUUGGCCAAAAGCCUACCAUUAUGCAAAUGAGGGAGCCAAAUAAACAGCUCUCUCACCGAUGCAAUUCAGUAGGCUACUGACGGGUCACUCACUUUAACGUCACUGUCUGGCAAGUCCUGAUGGACUUCAUAUCAAAAAUACAAACGAGAUCUUCAGAUUAAAUGUCCCGAUGAGAUACCAUGGACAUAUAACUACAUUGUAUGAUUUAAGAAUGGGAAGGAUAUAUAAGUUCGACUUUAUUCAGUCAGUUCGACAACUUUUAUAAACUAGUCAAGCUAGGGUUAGGGUUGGGGGGGUGAAGUACACUGCUCAAAAAAAUAAAGGGAACACUAAAAUAACACAUCCUAGAUCUGAAUGAAUGAAAUAAUCUUAUUAAAUUCUUUUUUCUUUACAUAGUUUAAUGUGCUGACAACAAAAUCACACAAAAAUUAUCAAUGGAAAUCAAAUUUAUCAACCCAUGGAGGUCUGGAUUUGGAGUCACCCUCAAAAUUAAAGUGGAAAACCACACUACAGGCUGAUCCAACUUUGAUGUAAUGUCCUUAAAACAAGUCAAAAUGAGGCUCAGUAGUGUGUGUGGCCUCCACGUGCCUGUAUGACCUCCCUACAACGCCUGGGCAUGCUCCUGAUGAGGUGGCGGAUGGUCUCCUGAGGGAUCUCCUCCCAGACCUGGACUAAAGCAUCCACCAACUCCUGGACAGUCUGUGGUGCAACGUGGCGUUGGUGGAUGGAGCGAGACAUGAUGUCCCAGAUGUGCUCAAUUGGAUUCAGGUCUGGGGAACGGGCGGGCCAGUCCAUAGCAUCAAUGCCUUCCUCUUGCAGGAACUGCUGACACACUCCAGCCACAUGACGUCUAGCAUUGUCUUGCAUUAGGAGGAACCCAGGGCCAACCGCACCAGCAUAUAUUCUCACAAGGGGUCUGAGGAGCUCAUCUCGGUACCUAAUGGCAGUCAGGCUACCUCUGGCGAGCACAUGGAGGGCUGUGCGGCCCCCCAAAGAAAUGCCACCCCACACCAUGACUGACCCACCGCCAAACCAGUCAUGCUGGAGGAUGUUGCAGGCAGCAGAACGUUCUCCACGGCGUCUCCAGACUCUGUCACGUGCUCAGUGUGAACCUGCUUUUAUCUGUGAAGAGCACUGGGCGCCAGUGGCGAAUUUGCCAAUCUUGGUGUUCUCUGGCAAAUGCCAAACGUCCUGCACUGUGUUGGGCUGUAAGCACAACCCCCACCUGUGGACGUCGGGCCCUCAUACCACCCUCAUGGAGUCUGUUUCUGACCGUUUGAGCAGACACAUGCACAUUUGUGGCCUGCUGGAGGUCAUUUUGCAGGGCUCUGGCAGUGCUCCUCCUGCUCCUCCUUGCACAAAGGCGGAGGUAGCAGUCCUGCUGCUGGGUUGUUGCCCUCCUACGGCCUCCUCCACGUCUCCUGAUGUACUGGCCUGUCUCCUGGUAGCGCCUCCAUGCUCUGGACACUACGCUGACAGACACAGCAAACCUUCUUGCCACAGCUCGCAUUGAUGUGCCAUCCUGGAUGAGCUGCACUACCUGAGCCACUUGUGUGGGUUGUAGACUCCGUCUCAUGCUACCACUAGAGUGAAAGCACUGCCAGCAUUCAAAAGUGACCAAAACAUCAGCCAGGAAGCAUAGGAACUGAGAAGUGGUCUGUGGUCACCACCUGCAAAACCAGUCCUUUAUUGGGGGUGUCUUGCUAAUUGCCUAUAAUUUCCACCUGUUGUCUAUUCCAUUUGCACAACAGCAUGUGAAAUGUAUUGUCAAUCAGUGUUGCUUCCUAAGUGGACAGUUUGAUUUCACAGAAGUGUGUUUGACUUGGAGUUACAUUGUGUUGUUUAAGUGUUCCCUUUAUUUUUUUGAGCAGUGUAUAUUAAGGUAAAAUAUAUUGAACAAAUAUUUGAUGAAACAUUGAAUUUGGCCUUACUGCUAUUAUGCCCAUGGAAAUGCAUUGAAUAACAGCUUCAUAUGGAUAAACAGAUAAACAAUAUAAGGAAACAAGCUGCCCAGGUAUAUUUUGUGCUUAGUUUUACCUGUGACUACACUGUUAUCACUUUUGCUUUGUGUGCUAGUGUGUGGUGGCCCAUGAGCAUUUGUGUGGGUGAGUGAGCAUGUCUAUGCUGGCGUCUGUCUCUCUGGAUGUGCCUGUGGACAUAUCAGUGAUCUCCCUCCCUCUCUAUUGUGCCGUGAGUGGGAGAAGGUGGCAGGGGUAUUAUAAGUAGCAGCGCUGGGCAGCGAGCGUCAGGGUGACUUGCUUGUCACCCAGUCACAGGGCCUGGGGCACACUCAACCCCCUCUAACUUUGAUGUGCCACCCAGGCCCACAAAGUUAAAAUGGGGUCAAGCCAGCAUAGAGGAAAGGAUGGUCACUAGAGAUAAAGGAAGUGUGUGGAGAGCAAAGCGUGAUCGUGAAAAUGCCAACUCUUCUCAGAACUCUUUUCUGGAAAGCCCUUGAUCCGACUUUUACAUUUACAUUUACAUUUUAGUCAUUUAGCAGACGCUCUUAUCCAGAGCGACUUACAGUUAGUGAAUACAUAUAUUUUUUUUUAUACUGGCACCCCGUGGGAAUUGAACCCACAACCCUGGCGUUGCAAACGCCAUGCUCUAUCAACUGAGCUACAUCCCUGCCGGCCAUUCCCUCCCCUACCCUGGAUGACGCUGGGCCAAUUGUGCGCCGCCCAUGAGUCUCCCGGUCGCGGCCGGCUGCGACAGAGCCUGGAUUCGAACCAGGAUCUCUAGUGGCACAGUUAGCACUGCGAUGCAGUGCCUUAGACCACUGCGCCACUCAUGAUUAGAUUUUAAUCUGAGCAAUGAAAAAGAAUGGGAUUUCUUUUACCAUCACCAUUUAAAAGCAGCUUCUUAUUCUGGGCAUAGUUAUGCAGCCAUUGUAUAGCUUAAGGAUUUAUCAGAUUUACCUGGUACUGAGUUCUUGGAUGACGAGUUAUACGUUUCUUAAGAAAUCGUUCUUGGGAAUCCUGCUCUUAGCUGGCCCCUCCUCUUUCUCCCUUUCCCAGACAGGAAGGCGAAUAGAGGCGAGGUGCAGAAAUGAAUCACUGGUCAUCCCCAAAUAGAACUCUCUCUCUCUCUCUCUCUCUCCCUUUAUGAUUCUGUCUUUCUCUUCACCAGGUCAUCCUGUGUCUGAGGUGUCUCCUCCUCAAUUAAGUUAAGGAAAGGAUUACCUGUCGGGGCUGUUUUCAUUAUUUUUCCAGAAAAUAACAUCCUUUAUUUACCUAGAAGGUUUACAUGAAUCACUGUUCAACGGGUGGUUUAGGACAUGGGCUCGGUCCGGAUGUUUGACAUCUCAUAUACCGUCUCAACCCUAACACGCAUCAAACACCCACAUUGACUGACUUCUCAGCUCAAUUCAUGUCAGGAAUGCCUCAUUCUAUUACCAUUUAGCCACACUCGGCGGUGGACUGGAGUUCAAAACGCUCCCUUUCACAUAAAUCAUCAAACUGGGCCCGAUUUUCUAAUAUCCCGUACAGGGUUUGUCAGGAAUUGAGUUUAGCUCCCUUGAAUGAAGGGUUCAGCUAAGGUUUUUGGGGUUUGGAAGGGGAGAUUUUGUGUACAGAUGAGUUUAAUCAUUUCGGAGAAACUCUGAAUUCCAACCCCAUUUCAGAGAGGCCAUUUCAAGGCUGCAGCAUUUUUAUCGGAGUGGUAUGUUUCCUAUUACACUGCAUUUCUCUGCGGUCCAUUUCAGAUGCAAAGGUCCGGCUUAGUACAUAAGAAUGGCAAUUACAGGCUUAAACUUUGCCAUGGAUGUAUACGAAAAGCAAAGUCGCUUUUAAUGUCCGCUGGCAUAGCGGAGAGAAGACGAGCCCCAAGCAAAUUCUGAGAAUAACUCUGAGAAUUCGGCCAAAGAAACAAUGGUUUAAGUAGACGAAAACAUGGUGUCAUCUAAAGUGAAAACAUAUUUGCUCUCUGCCUUUGGGUAGCCAGGGUUUGGUAAGCUCCUCUCGGACAAUAAUACUCCACUCUGGAGUGUUGACGUUACGAGGCCACGCGCCAGCCUGUCCGUCCAUUGGUUAGAGGCCUGUCCAUCUUUUCUAAAUUGCCCGCCUGCCCGUCGGCAUGAGGAAAGCGCCAAGGCCCGGGCUCGCCAUUGUGACUGA